CAAUUUCUCAGUGGAGUAUUUAUAGGUUUUGGAAUGUUGUAGUAUUUUCGAGCGUUGGCUAGAUUAUGUCACUCAGUGGUCGGUGCUCGGACACCCAGUGUGUCUUCCGUCGGGGAUGACUCUAAGUACCAGGCGACCAUGAAAGCGGCGGCGGUGGUGCUGCUACUAGCAGUGGCGGCGGCGGCGCAGGACAACGGCAAGGUGGUGCUGUGCGGGCGCCGGCUGGCCGAGGCCCGGGAGCUGCUGUGCUUCGGCUCCGAGCCCCGGAAGCGAUCCAAUAUGGACAACUUUAUAACCAACUCAGACGAAGACAAGUGGUCCGUAGACCCUGAGGUUUCCUUCAGCCGACAGGCGGCGCUGGCGGGCCGCUGGGCGCGCGGGAAGCGCAUCAUCUUCGGUCUAGUAGAUGAGUGCUGCAACAAGCCAUGCGCUCCUAAUGAGAUCCUCAACUACUGCUAGACUGCCGACUUGACCAGAGAUACCAGGGGAGCAUGGAGUAAAGCGGACUGCUUGGCGGCUCAAUAAUGAAAUUGAUGAAAGACAUGUCUGAGCCCUGACAUGCCUAGCAUCAUUUCCUCUUAUACAUAACACAUGUAAUACUAGACUAGAUAGAGCAGUAGCUGUUAAAUUUUCAGAUAGUCCUGUAAUUCAUUUAUGAUCCAAAUGACAGGUGAUAUUGUGUGUAAAUGAUUUUUAUUUUUAUUUUUUCUCAUACGUGUCACAACUUUUUUUGUUGCCAAUGUUAUGGGCAAAGUAUUUCAUUACUAGUAAUGAUGUCCUCUAUCACCCUGUUACGAUUGGACCACUACUUACAGGGCCACCCUGUAUAGUUGACAUAAUGCUACGAGAAGUUUAACCCAGUUCGGCUUUACUCACUGUUCCUCGUUUUCUCACCCCAUUUCGCAUACUUUUUAUUACGACUUUUGUGUUGUGAAAUGAAUUAUACUUACCUGGAACCUGUAAAUAUUUUGAUAGUUGUAGUAACAAUGUAGAUUGUAGAUAGAAAUUGUAGGUAGAGAAUUGAAACUUUAAGUCAAAUUAUUAAAAAACAGUAUAUGUAUGCGAAAUAUAAAUAAAUACGAUACUUAUGUGAAGCAAGCAUUAA